AUGGGCGAGUAUUUUGACGACAGCAUCAGUCAUGAUGCCCAAAUCAAGAAGUUAUCGAUUGAGGAGCUGGAUAAUCAGCAUCCUGAAUUAUUCGUCCGCGCCCUAGACCGAGUAAUGUCGACCGACCUUGCGAAGCUCACAUGCGCCGAGAUUGUUGAUGGUCUCCCUCUGAUUGAUACCGUAAACGAAAACGGUGGAGGUGGUUUGUCAGGCUUCCAUCCAUUAUAUGAUAUGCAUGAAAACCUUUGCGAAGGUGUGAUGGAGCAGACGGAGGAGAUACGCAAGAACUUCGACCCAAAAGUGCUCCAAUUCGAUUCCAGAUCGGCCUCUCCUGGAUUAAGGGCAUUUAGAAUGCGGCUGAUCGAAAUGAUUGCGGUGGCGGUCCACCAAGUUGCAGUGGUCCUAUUUCAGCCCGAUACCAGUCUACAUAAAGAUGAUGGAAUCACAACGUGGGCGCCUCCUAAGGAUGAUACGAUAUUCUGGGAAUUUUCACAUGAAUGGUACAAGGACUAUAAACAAUACCCAGAUGGUGUCGCAGAUUUGGUUGGAUAUUGGGCUGAAUCCCGUAUUCUUGGUGGCGUCGUACUUUUUGAUCGGGGAACCCCGACGAGGAAACUUGAUCCAGACGCCGUCUUCUCUCACGCGGACAGAGAAGAGACAACUUACAGAAUAUAUAGACUUCUGGAUGGGCAGAAACAAAAGAUGUUGGAUUUCCUUCUAUUGGAUAGCCCUACCCAAAAUCCAUGUCCCAUUUUGGCAAGUUUGGAGAACGUUUUUCGAGUCGAUCCAGAGGAAGAUAUAGAAGAUACAGGCGUUUAUCGCGACAUAUGGGAGCGAAAACCACUCCCGAUUUGGUGUUCGGAUUACCGACUACGCGAUGUAUGGGACAAGUUCGACUUCCCCUUACGGCACGACUGGGAGGAAGCCAGAGGGCGAUGUAGCGACCGACGAAACCGACCAGAGCCUGAAUGA